AGGCGGAGCUCCGACCGACAUGUUCGUUAAGGGCCGGCCUCCGAGGGCACCUCCCAGAGGGAGACUGAGCUCUAACCGCGGCAGGCGGAGGCAGGCAGGCGCAGCCCCGCCCCCGGCCCUGGGCUCCACCUCCCGGGCCCACUUCCGCCGGGCGUGCGCCUGUAGGCGCCGCUGCCGUCAGUCGGGCAGGCGGUCUGCGGUGUCACGGAAGAUGGCGGCCGCGGCGGUGAACGGGGCGGCGGGUGCCUCGAGCUCGGGGCCUGCGGCGCCCUCGGGCGCAGUCCUGCAGGCCGCGGCCGGCAUGUACGAGCAACUCAAGGGCGAGUGGAACCGUAAAAGUCCCAAUCUUAGCAAGUGCGGGGAAGAGCUGGGCCGUCUCAAGCUGGUUCUGCUGGAGCUCAACUUCCUGCCAACCACAGGGACCAAGCUAACCAAGCAGCAGCUCAUUCUGGCCCGUGACAUACUGGAGAUUGGGGCCCAGUGGAGCAUCCUACGCAAGGACAUCCCCUCCUUUGAACGCUACAUGGCCCAGCUCAAAUGCUACUACUUCGAUUACAAGGAGCAGCUCCCAGAAUCGGCCUAUAUGCACCAGCUCUUGGGCCUCAACCUCCUCUUCCUGCUGUCCCAGAACCGGGUGGCUGAGUUCCAUACCGAGUUGGAGCGGCUGCCUGCCAAGGACAUUCAGACCAACGUAUACAUCAAGCAUCCUGUGUCGCUUGAGCAAUACCUGAUGGAGGGCAGCUACAACAAGGUGUUCCUGGCAAAAGGCAACAUCCCUGCUGAGAGUUAUACUUUCUUCAUUGACAUCCUGCUCGACACUAUCAGGGAUGAGAUUGCUGGGUGCAUCGAGAAGGCCUAUGAGAAAAUCCUCUUCACUGAGGCAACCCGGAUCCUCUUCUUCAACACACCCAAAAAGAUGACAGACUAUGCUAAGAAGCGAGGCUGGGUCCUGGGCCUCAACAACUACUACAGCUUUGCCAGCCAGCAACAGAAGCCAGAAGAUACCACCAUCCCCUCCACAGAGUUGGCCAAACAGGUCAUCGAGUAUGCGAGGCAGCUGGAGAUGAUCGUCUGAGCCUGCCAGGCACUGGGGUGGGGAGGGCUUGCAUUAUUUAUAGCAGUUGAGGUCCAGGGUUUCCUCCAAUAAACGUGGAUUGAUAGUCACUCUCCAAGGCCCUUGUCUCCCCAGAUGGAAUGGGGGGAGACAAAUUCUUAUGUUUGAAGAACUUGGAAGUGCAGGGCUCUGUCUGGGUCAGCCUCUGUCCUGUGCCUUUUGCUCAAGGUCUCAAACACAGAUAUCCACCGUAGGGGCCCAGUGUCACUGGGGCCUGUGAGAGCACAGGCCCUAGGGAGAGAGGGACUGUUGAAGCCACUGUGGACACACAGGAAGGCCAAGCCGAGGCACCAGAGUUCUUCAGCAAAGAGGGUGAAGUGUCACAAUUUUUUAAAUGUUUGCAAUGAAUUAAACCAGUUUUUUAAAAUGA